AAAAAAUUCCCAUGUUGGUAACCUUAGCAGGGAUUAUUGGAGGCAUUGUUCUAAUCAUUUCAAUCACCUGUAUUGUUGUUAUCUGUCUACGACGGUCAUCAAAAAAUAAAAAACCACAAAACCAGCCAUGCAAGUGGAACAAAAACCUACCACCAGAUGGCGACUGUUGCGAUGAAUCUGAUUACAAAGCUGAGGUCAAAACAGUAUCAUCUUCAUCAAAUAGUGAACAUGAAAAGGACUGGAGCUCUAAAAAUCACACUGAUCAGCCAGAAAGGGACAGGGGUUUUGAUAAUUUCAGCAUGGACGAUAAGGAUCAUUUUCAUUCGUUCAAGUUGUGUCCUAUUAAGGACCAGAGACGUAUGGACCCGAACAAGGAUGUUGGCAUUCCUCUAUCUAAACCGAACGGACCAGAAGUGGUGAUGAGCCCUAUUUUUGGAACUUCUUAUCCAGGAUAUUAUCCAGAACUUGUUUCUUGUACACAAAACUCGACUGGAAAGAGUUAUCUUCAGUCAACGUUUUUCUUAAAUAAAACACUCGACACCCACGUGUAAUAUAAAGUAAGCAUUGAACAAUAGCACAUGAUGUAAAUAAAACACUCGACACACUCGAUGCAUGACUAGACACAAUCGUCUAACGUAAUAAAAACACUCAACAUACUCGAAGCAUGUAAACAAAACACUCAACACACUCGAAACAUGUAAAUAAAACACUCGAUGUAUGUAAACAAAACACUCAACACACUCGAAGCACGUAAACAAAACACUCAACACUCACUUUAUGCAUGUUAACAAAACACUCAACACUCUCGAUAAAUGUAAACAAAAUAACACACUUUGCGAUGUGAACUAAACAUCGGCAUGUUCGUCUGUAAACACAAAAUACUCAAUAAACUCGUGUGAUGUGAAUGAAACAUUGGAACUCCCGUGAUAUUCUCACGUUAUGUAACUUAAACACCAACGCGUAAUGUAAAAAUACUGAACACUCGUAAGUGAUAUGACAAACGAUGUAAAUAAAGCAAUGAAGACACGCGAGUAACUUAAACAGGACGUUUCAGGUUAUUCAAACAACAUUUUUGAUUUUUGUAAACAAUGAGCACUUACUAGCGAUGUAAAUAAAACCUUGUACGCUAUUGAGUGAUAUACAUAAAACACGAGAUACGUAAAACGCUGGACUUUUAUGAUACUGUAAUUGAAACGCCGAGCACGUGAUUAAUGAUUUAAAAAAAACACUACUUGGAUGCCAACAAAGCGGUGGAGAGCCAUGAGUGUGUGUGACGUCAGAGUUUACCAAUCAUGAAGUCUGUGGUUAUGACAUCAUCUAGUCUUCCUGUCCUUUACAGUGUUGUAAAUAAAAUUGUAUAGAUAUGCUAAUUUGAGAAGUUAUGGAGAAAACUGGCAAGAACUCCUCAUCUUCAAGUUGAUUUCAGAGUUCCUUAUAGAUGAUAAGGAUACUUUGGUGCAUGCGUGGUACAGACUAUAAACUAAAAACUGUCCAAAGAUUUUGUUUUUUCAUUGUUGGAAAGAUACUCUGAUAAAAUGUAAUAAAAAAAGAAAUAAUUAAUAUUGCUGUUAUUGAAAAACUUGAUCUAGUAUAAACUAUCUUGUAUUUUGUUAACCUCGGAUUGUGAAUUGUGCUCGUAGCUAUAUAGUGAGUUUUCGAUUUUCUCAAUACGUGUUUCCCAAUUACGUUUGACUUGACAGAACUAUGAUAGGUGGCGAUUUCCUUCACUGUCUUCGAUCGAUUACUGAUUUUACUAUGUGGUUAUCUUCGGCAAACUCUUAUUGCACUAAAAAACUUAAUAAUUAGACUUAGGUACUAAACACUGUAAUGGACUUUAAACUGUUAUUGGACUUUAGUACGCCAAACAAACUGCUGUUGAACUUCUUUAGGCCAAAUAAACUCUUACUGGACUUCAUAAGGCCAGAUACACUCCUAUUGAGCUUCUUUAGGCCAAACAAAUUCUUACUGGACUUCAUAAGGCCAGAUACACCCUAUUGGACUUUUUAGACCAAACUCUUACUGGACUUCAUAAGGCCAGAUACACUCCUAUUGGACUUUUAGGCCAAACUCUUACUGGACUUCAUAAGGCCAGAUACACUCCUACUGAGCUUCUUUAGGCCAAACAAACUCCUACUGUAUUUCAUAAGGCCAGAUACACCCUAUUGGACUUUUAGGCCAAACUCUUACUGGACUUCAUAAGGCCAGAUACACUCCUAUUGAGCUUCUUUAGGCCAAACAAACUCCUACUGUAUUUCAUAAGAAUAGGUACUGGACUUCAUUUGAUGAAACAAAGUCGUUUCUGAUAAUGUAUGAGAAAAGCAGGGUAGGUGUAUAAAAACGGUUUAUCUUCUUUUAAUAUUUGUGUCAUCA